GGAAACAAGUUUCGAGUUUUAAGGUUUUCUCAUGGAAAUCUAUAGCAGUUUCCAGGAUUUCGAGGGCAUGAAUACCGAGGGGAGCCAUGAGUAUCAAGGGAUAGAUGAAGAUGAUGUUUUCUAUGCUGAGAUUAGAAGGCAGAUUCUGCUUUUGACAGCAGAUGAAGAUGAUGAUGACCGUCAAGAAAGGACUUACCCUCGAGGCUCAAACAGGGUCAUAGGCGCUGUUUCUUCAGGGGUCCGAGCUCCUGGAAGCUAUUUCACUUGGGGGAAGAAUGAAAAAUCUGAUUCUGUGCCGACUUGGCUUGUGAAUUUGUGGAAAAGUAGCAAUGGAACAGGAGUUUUCAUCCCUAAUAUUGUCAGUUCAAGAAGAAGAAACAGGCACGAAAGGAUGAACAACGGGAGGCAGAGAAUAUACAAGCCGGUACAGAGCAAGCAACCAUGAUUGAUGAUUCUGUAAUAAUCAGGAGAAGGGGAGAAGCAGGGGAUGGGAUAAUGUACAUUAAUUUAUUCUAAUAACUGUUUGGAUUGGCCCAUAACGUUGGAUUAUACUCCUGUAAUUAAAAGCUUAACCAUACAAGCAUAUUCUGUAUGACAAUACACGAAUUCAGAGAAU